CAAUCACGAGAGGAAAAUUUAUAGAGAGAAGAAGAGAAAUUUUCUGAGUUUAUCAAUCUGUUAUUGAUGGAUUGAGAACCGAUUUUUAUUGCAGUCAUGUAAUUGAUCCUCCUUAGCUAACUUAAGUUCUAACUAAGCUAAGCAAUACAACUAUUAAUUAUUUAAUUUAAUGGACCUUGAUAAUGAGACCACAGAACUGAACUACCCUUUAAAAAGUGGGCCAUUUGGUGGCUUGAUGACAGAGAAGGACAUUAAUACAUGAAUCCAUUUUACACAUGCACGUGAUCACGUACAUAUUGGAUAGCUACAUUAUAUGCUUUCUAUUUGCUUGCAAAUACACAAUUUUGCACUUCUACAAAUUAAGACCACACAUUUUUAGCUAUCAUACCUCACUAAAAACUCCAAGUAAGGAAACAAUUAGAAGAGAGAUCAUAUGGAGCAAGAGAAAACAAUAUCACUAGUCGCAAAAAAAAAAAAAAAAAAAAAAAAAAAAAAAAAAAAGAAGAAGAUGGAGAAACAAGAGAAAGUCCAUGUACUAGUACUUCCAAUUCCAGUUCAAGGCCAUAUAAAUCCAAUGCUCCAGUUUGCAAAGCGCCUAGUAUCCAAGGGGCUGAAAAUCACACUAGUUACGGCCUUCAUUAACGCCGAGUCCAUUCAAGCGCGAGCCGGAGAAAUCGAAAUUGAGAACAUUUCUGAUACAACAGAAGUAGACAGAGAUGUAAGUAAUGCCGAAGCUUUUCUCAAGGAGUUCCAUGAGCUUGUAUCUCUAAAGCUACCACAAGUCAUAGAGAAACUAAAGUACACUGGUAAUCCGGCGGGUUACCUUAUCUACGACUCCGUCGCACCACAGGCCCUAGACAUUGCCAAACAGCUUGGCCUCCCCGGAGCCCCGUUCUUCACCCAAUCGUGUGCCGUGAAUGUCCUAUUCUACAACAUGCCUCAAGGCCUGCUGCGAGUGCCCGUGGAGGACAAGGAGCCCCCCAUGUCCAUGACGGGGUUGCCUCAGCUGGAGCUAUUUGACUUGCCAUCUUUUGUUUAUGAUAUGGUGUCAUAUCCAUCCUUGUUAGCCAAUCUGGCUAACCAGUUUUCCAACUUUAGAGAAGCCGAUUGCAUCUUUUUCAACACUUUUGAGAGCUUGGAGGAAGAGGUGGUGAGCUGGGCAGCGAGCCAGUGGCCAGUCAAGAACAUAGGGCCAACCAUUCCAUCAAUGUACUUAGACAAGCGAUUACAGGACGACAAAGAUUACGGGCUCAGCCUCUUCAAACCUGAAGCUGAGACUUGCAGAAAGUGGCUAGACUCAAAGGAUGAUAAGUCGGUGGUUUAUGUGGCGUUCGGGAGCUUGGCGGCACUGGGAGAAGAUCAAAUGGAAGCAAUAGCACGAGGCCUCAAAAGGAGCAACAGACAUUUCCUGUGGGUGGUCCGAGAGACAGAGCUGAAAAAGCUUCCGAGCAACUUCAUGGAGGGGACGGUGGAGAAAGGCCUGGUGGUGACAUGGAGCCAUCAAUUAGAAGUCUUGGCACACAAGGCAGUGGGGUGCUUCGUGACUCACUGCAGUUGGAACUCAACGACGGAGGCACUGAGUUUGGGAGUGCCGAUGGUGGCCAUACCACAGUGGAGCGACCAACCCACCAAUGCAAAAUUUGUUAUGGAUGUCUGGCGGGUGGGGUUGAGGGCAAAGGUGGACCAAAGGGGACUGAUAACAAGCGAAGAAAUUGAGCUGUGUAUCAGGGAAGUCAUGGAGGGGGAGAGAGGGUUAGAGAUCAAGAGGAACUCAGAGAAGUGGAAGCAGCUAGCUAAAGCAGCAGUAGAUGAAGGUGGAAGCUCCGACAAAAACAUCGAAGAUUUCGUUGCAGAUCUUGUCUGCUCCUGAAAUGCUCUGUGCCUCUGUCUCUAUAUGUCUCAAAGAUAUAUCUGGUAGUUUUGAGACUUUUCUAUAUAUGCACGCAUACUUGUGUGAGAAAUAAUCCUUGUUUUAGCAACUUGCUCUUCGAAAUAAUGAAAAUAAAGAAUAAUAAUAAUAAUUUAUAACAAG